AUGGAAGCAUGGCAAGAUUAUGAGGCACCAAAAGAAGAGCUCCCAGCAGCACACAAACAAAACAGUAGCAUACAAAGAAACAUGCCAGCAACAAAACAAGUAGAGUAUCAAUCUUCUGGACAGCCUUCCUUGCGAACCAUGGAACACCCAACUUGGUGCUCGUAUGAGCGAGGAAACCCAAGGGUUGUCAUCUUUGGACAUGGAAUAUUAAGCCAAGACUUAGAGCUAGCACGGAGUGUCCUCACAGAACCCACAAGAGCAGCGCCAAGGUACCAUACAAACAGUGAACAAAGGACUGAAGGGCAGCUACAAACACAAAAGGAAUUCAGACAUGAGGAGCUGCAGGAAGGGCCUUUGUUAAGGAAGCAUUUGAAACUACUGCACAGCUAUGGGAUCUCAACGACUUUCAACUUGGAUGAUUCAAAAAAGCAUGAGAGCAACGCAGAAUUGAGGACAAUUCUGUUUAAAGAAGGAGGGAUUGAUGCAAUUAUUGAUAGCCCACAAUCCAAAGCAAAGGAAGAAAAGCAUAAUUGCAUCAUUGCACUUGCAAAGCCCAUUGAACCUAUUGAACUUGCUGAUUUUUGCUUGAAGACUAAGGAGGAUCAUUUUCAAAUUGGAUUAAACAACAACAUGGAAGCAUGGCAAGAUUAUGAGGCACCAAAAGAAGAGCUCCCAGCAGCACACAAACAAAACAGUAGCAUACAAAGAAACAUGCCAGCAACAAAACAAGUAGAGUAUCAAUCUUCUGGAUAG